AUGAAAUUCUCACAAACUACUUUGCUCGCUGUCUUGGCUUCAUCUGCUUUUGUCUCAGCCGCCCCAGCUAUUGUUGCUGAACAAUCCAUGGUCAAAAGAGAAGAUGUUAACGAUGUUUUGGCUAUCUUGAAAGAAAUUAAAGAACACAACGCCAAGAGAGAAUUCUUGGAAGGGGAUGCAUUGAUCGAACACGACAAGAGAGCUGACUCUGUUUUGGGUGAAUUGAUUAGCGCUUUGACAAACUCAGGUAUAAUUGGUCAAAUUUGGAACACUUUAACCACCAACGAUGCUAUCAAGUCUUCACUUUCCAACAUUAUCCAAUCUGCUAUCCAAACUGCAGUUGUGCAAGGUCCAGCUUUGAUUUCAGCCAUUUGGAACUCAGGUUUGUUGGGUGACAUCUUCAACUCCUUCUUGAACGAUACUGACUUGAGAAACGCUUUCUUGGAUGUUGCCAAGUCCAUCUUUGGUACCGCUGUAAACUUGAUCACCUCCUGGUUGGGUGGAUCCUCAUCUGGAGCCAGUGCCACUACUACUGCUGCUGCUCCAGCUGCAAGUGGUGCCUCUUACAAGAGAGAAGUUUUGGACCUCAAUGCUGAAUACAUUGACAAGAGAGAUUUGUCCUCAAUCAUCCAAUUCAUUGUUCAAGAAAUUUCAGAUUCAGGUAUUGUUUCUUCAUUGGUUAAUAAGGCCUUGGCUGACCCACAAGCAUCCAUCAGUUUCUUGACUUCAGCCUUCCAAAAUGGUUUGGUCAUUGCUCAAGAUAUCUAUGGAUGGGCUAAACAAUCAGGAUUGUGGGACUCUGCUUUGAGCUACAUCCAAAACAAUGCUGGUACUUGGGCUAGUGCUAUUGCUUCCUUCUUGGGUAAUGCUUUGACUUCAGGUCAAGUUAGCGCAUCAGAAAUUGACAAUGCAUCCUCAGGAAUUUCUGCUAGAUCUACUACUCCAGUUAGCACUGCUGCUGCUGCUGCUAACGCCAACACUGCUGCCGCUGCUGCUCCAAGUGUCACCAAAUCAACCACUGCUACUGCUGCUGCUCCUGCUGCCAACACCGCAGCUAACACUGUUGCUACUUCUGCCACUGCUGCCGCUGCUGCUGCCUCGGGUAACAAUGAUGCCUUGAACUCCUUGAUCAACAAAUACGGUGGCUCUUCUGCUACUGGUGCUGCUUCCCCAAGCGUAGAUACCUCAGGUUUGUCAGGAAGCGUAAACCAAUUGGUAGGUGCUGCUAACCAAGCCGCUUCAUCUUUGAAGAGAAGAAACUACUAA